AUGGGUUUGGCAAAGCUGAAUAUAAGUGAAGUCGACCUUAAAGGGAAACGUGUUCUUAUUCGAGUUGAUUUCAAUGUUCCUAUGAAAGAUGGGAAAGUCACUAACACACAAAGGAUUUCUGCAGCGAUACCAACAAUUAAAUAUGCUUUGGAUAAAGGAGCUAAAAGUGUCGUAUUGAUGUCACAUCUAGGUCGGCCAGAUGGCAAUAAAGUUGACAAAUAUUCCCUAAAACCUGUGUGUCCUGAAGUUUCGAAAUUACUUGGCAAGGAAGUUACUUUUCUUCCUGACUGUGUGGGUCCUGAUGUAUUAAAGACAUGUGCUGAUCCUACUCCUGGUUCUGUAUUUCUCUUAGAAAAUCUGCGUUUUCAUGUGGAAGAAGAAGGCAAAGGAGUUUCACCUACUGGCGAAAAAACGAAAGCUACUACUGAUCAGAUCAAAGCCUUCAGCGAAAGUUUGACAAAACUGGGUGAUGUUUACGUAAAUGAUGCGUUUGGCACUGCACAUCGGGCUCAUGCUUCAAUGGUUGGUUGCCAGUUACCACAAAAGGCCUGUGGAUUUCUCAUGAACAAGGAGUUAACAUAUUUCGCUAAAGCUCUAGAGAAUCCUGAACGUCCUUUCCUUGCAAUCCUUGGAGGCGCCAAAGUUAGUGACAAGAUUCAGCUAAUCAAUAAUAUGCUUGGUAAAGUUAAUGAAUUAAUCAUUGGUGGUGGUAUGGCGUAUACGUUCCUCAAGAAGCUGCACAAUAUGAAUAUUGGAGGUAGUUUAUAUGAUGCAGAAGGUGCCGAAAUUGUUAAUAAGUUUGCGGAUGAUGCAAAUACCGGAGCAGCAACCAUAGAGUCAGGGAUUCCUGAUGGUUGGAUGGGAUUGGACAUCGGACCAAAAACAGUUGAAGAGUUUCGCAAAGUUAUUAGUCGCGCUAAAACCAUUGUAUGGAAUGGUCCUAUGGGUGUUUUUGAAAUGGCUAAGUUUGCUUCUGGGACAAAAUCAGCAAUGGACGCAGUGGUUGAAGUUACUAAACAUGGAGCUACAACUAUUAUCGGUGGUGGUGACACUGCAACUUGCUGCGCCAAAUGGAAUACAGAAGACAAAGUCAGUCAUGUUAGUACUGGUGGUGGUGCUAGCCUAGAGCUUCUCGAAGGAAUACGUACCAGAUAGGGUGUGGUUGAGUUGUCGUACUUGGCUGUGUGCUCAAAACGCCUUAUGGAGUUGCUUUUGUCUUCCAUGAGAAGAAAGCUGUGAAUAGGGAGAAUACUUGGCGUUUGAUAAAUUGGCUAUAACCAGUUAUUUGCGGGAAUUCAAGGAUCUGUUAAUCAGUAAGUUCAGAAGUACGUCACUAGUUCAGCAAAAAGUGUAAGUCUCUACGCAAGGUAAUGGCGUUUGCUCAGCAAUUGAGGAAAGAAUAAAAAGGAACAAUAUGGAAUAGUAGGUAAAAUAUAUAAGAACUAAAAAACAGCAAAAAGAGAGGCUGAACUGUGCAAAAGAGAUUCAACUUCCCUGUAUAGUCUGUCAAACGAACGAUUUUUUUGACCAAAUAAAAAGGCAUAGAUUGUCUGAACUGUAUUUGCACAACAUAUUUCGAGCAAUGUGAUCAUACACGUACUUGUCACACGCGUAUUUAUAUUAAGGGAACUAAUUGUUAUCAAUGAUUUCUCUAUUGAAACCAACAAAAUUUAUGAU